GAAAAUAUGCCAGGUUUACAAUAUCCGUUUCCUGUUUACAUGGUGGAUCAAUGCCCCAAAAGCAGGACGUCAUGGAACGCGUCAUCAACGUCACGACGCUGUCCUGUUGACGUCAACGGCAGAAGUACGUACCACUGCGUCCCUAACCAGCAGCUGACAGGGUUGAUAGAGUUCUGCUACCCUAGACAGAUAGGACUGUAUGAAAAUGGUACCUGUUUAUACCUCACUAACUCUGACUACGUUAAUCAAGUAAGCUGCACAGACUUCACCCAGGGUUGUCCUGAACAACCUUAUUUCAGCAAUGAAAUAUACAAAUAUCAGGAAUGUUUAGUUAUUGACAAACAAACCCAUUGCUACGAAGCAGCAGAGUCGUGUCGGAAUACAAAAACGUAA